UUUCCGUCUUUGAUUUUUGUUAAACUAAUAAUACUUGUUUCUGAUCGCUGGGAAAAAUCACGUCUCUCUUUAAAAUGCACAAUCGAAAGAGUAUCUUUUUUCUUAAAAACAGUGACUAAAUCUUAAUAGAAUAUUUUAUUUCUGAGUAAAACGCACACUCAAUCCCAUUAGCGGUAUCUUAAACCCCAAGGCGAGUAUUCAAAUAUUCGAUUCCAGCAAUGAUGUGACUAUCGAUGGCUGACGCCACUGCCACUGCCACUGCCGCUGCCGCUGCCACCUCCCUCUGACCAAUGAACUAUGACAGUGAUUUAGAGUGAUAUUUAAGUUCCAAUGAAAUGGCCGGUAAAAAUGUGACCCGAAAGCCUGAGUAAUCAGUUUUUAUAGUUUGUGCAAAAAGGUAUCCUAAAUACAAUCGUACAAAAGGCUAUCAAUCUUCAUGUGUCGCCGUAAGUAACCGUGAUUUAUGCGAUUUAGAGCAUAUGGACUCUCUCGCACUCCCAAAGGCGACGAUCUCUUUCCGCAUUGUCUGGCAAUUAAGUGGCAGUGGCAUAGACCAUAUACCAUAGACCAUAGACCCCAUGAUUCAAUGAUCGCCGCACUAUUCAAUGAUUGUCCGGCACUUCACGCUAAGCAUUACCAUUACCAUUAGCAUUAACAGUCUUUCCUUUUGGCCAAUAGUCCGGCAUAGUUUUUUUUCUGACACUGUUACCCAACCCCCCCUCAACCCUGUUAUGGAGUAGAAUUUAUUUAUGAGUGCUCUGCUAAUUCGCUGGAAUUGCGUAAACAAAACAUUUUCGCAUGCCGAGAGCUUUCUUUUUUCGGCCGGCGGCGACAGGCGUAGUAAACCUUAUCUUAAUUAUAGAUCAAUUAUAGUAGUGGUAGCCGUCACAUGUACAUAUGCUUAGGAACAGAAUAAUAGAACAGAACCGAACAGAACAUCAUUAAUUAUAAGUGCGAAAAAUCGGUCGAACAGAUGUGUGCUGGUAGGCCCUGAAAUGGAAUGGAUUGUAAUGAUUUUUGCAACUCCAUUUGGGCUUUUAUUUACCCCUUUAUUGGGCCCAAACCAGACAUAUCUGUGGAACCGACCUCCCAAAAAAGUGAGACGUAUAGAGAGAGAGAGAGAGAGAGAGAGGGUGGGUGGGUAUGGGUAAUUAUUUCGUAUUAUUUUAUACAAAUUGCACAAUUACAAUUAAAUUAUACGGCAAAGCGUAAAAAUGUCUGAUUAAUGACAAACUGGGGUGGAGGAGGAGGAGGAGGAGGGUAUGGCCGGGAUGGGAUCGCCAGCGGAACAGAUGUGCGCACUGAUAUUCAAUUUAUAUAUAUAUUUUGUAUUUUUUUUGUAUACAAAAUAAUAAUUAUAAUUAUGGUUAAAUAAUUACUGUAUUGGGACCAGCAAUAUGUGUCUGCACCAGCAUUCAGUAUCAUGACUGACGCCUUUCUGCUGGGAUUAUUGGUGUUCUCGGCGGCGGUGGCCGUUCUCUUGGAGCCCCUGCUGGCGACAAGAGACUUUGAGAUACGUUGGCGCACCAUCAACUGCACGGCCAUUGACCCGGCCACAACGGCCGCCUUUCACUGCCUGAUCGUGGAGCUGCCCAAGCGGCAGGGAAACUUCUUGAACACCCGACUCCUGCUCAACCGACCCGUGUCCAAGAUGUGGGUGGAGAUGAGCGUGGGCCAGGUCGGCGGCACUGGCACUGUCCAGAACCUGAUGAAGGUGCGCGUGGAUGCCUGCCAUCUGAUAGGAUACCGCAGCAAAAAUCGUAUACUGAAUGCCGUUCUCGGGAAGCUACUGCAGUCGGGCAACUAUCCCAAGACCUGUCCACUGUUGGGGAAUGUCAACUAUACGUCCACACAUUUUGCCCUCAAUCCGGAUCACUUUCCAGCCUACAUGCCGGACAUGAAGUUCAACACGAAAUUGGUUUUCUAUCUGAGCAAGAAUAUCACCCUGAUUAGGGCCAGUGUGGAUGCCGAGGUAAUGAGGCGAUCGUAGAUACAUACACAGUCCAGGCACAGCCACAGCCACGGCCACCGGUUCCAAUAGAGAGAAACUCAAAAACCAAAUCCAAAAACCAUGACUAACUUGGGAACGGAGAGUGACUAAUGGCCUUGGUAUGAUUAUUAUCCAUGGCAUUCUCUAGAUUAGAGCCGUGUCUAAAGCUAAAGCAAAUAAUAAAUCUGAGGAAUGCCUUAUUGAUAUAUAUAUAUUUUUUUUUAUCAGUCUUCAGGGUCUGUACUAUGAGACAGCCCAUCUUCCUCGUGGCCAGAGC